GAGCAUUCCCUCUGAUGGGCAAAGGGGCAGGACAUCGUCUUUGCUUCGCUUGUUGACACUGUGUCAACUUCCCGCCUGUUCGGCUCAUAAGAUAACCAUGCUACUGUCGGAAGUUGUCGGCAGAGGAAAGAUAUGAAGUUUGUCUGCAUGAUGACAACACUGAGAAACUGGGCAACUGUUUGUCUGUUGUUGGCAGUGGUUCUCCUGUUGUACCAUGACCCAUUUCGAAUUCUCUGGUGGCCUCAGAAACCUGCUGAGCUGCAGAAAACUAAGACAGAAGGUUUCCGUCUUGACAUGGCGACAGAUUCCAUUGAUGACAUGCAUGACGGCUGCCGAUCUGAAGCAGCCUCUCGUGUCAACCUGUUCUGCUUGUUUGAGUGGCGCUUCAGAGACUUCAGCUUUGCCUGGGCGUCAGCUGAGAGAGACGCAAAGAAACCUGCGCACGAGGGCCUGAAAGAGGAACACGCCGUGGCGAUACGCAUGUACACGGAAGGGAAACAAAUCCAAGAAGAUUUCAACAGAGCUGUGAAAACACAGAAACACGAGUACGGCACAAAAGGAUUCGAGUUCCACUAUUUCUACUUUCACCUGACCGAUGCCAUCCAGGUUCUGCAUCCCAAUCAGACAUUGUGCAGAACCGCUCAUUACAGGACAGGGAGGCAGUUUGAUCACGAUGUCAUCAACACAAACAUGCAUUUCGGUGCGUUCACUUUGGCAGCUUCGGCUAAGCACUCGUUUGAUUUGAAUGGCAACGUGUCUUGUUUUGAGAUCUACACGUGCUUCGGCGCCGAUGUAACACACUACUCUGCUACGAACGAAGCGGGACAGGUGCUGAUACCGCCCUACGAGGUUUUCAAGAUCACUCAUGUCCUGACAAAUGACCCAUGGUGCACUGUGGUUUACAAGCUACAGAGCACCAAAACACCAAGGACAGAUUUGAAUUGCAAACUAAAUGAAAGGCAAAUGAGGGCAUAUUUUGGAGCCGUUUCAACCAACUGGCCAAAAAGCAGAGUUGCAAUGGGGCUGGCAUGUUUUGUGCUGAUGGUUAGAAUUGCUUUAGCGCUUGUAAAACGCAGGCAGAAACCGCAGUGCUCGGUUCUCUGCUGGUGCUGAUGAUAUAGCAUCAAGUUUUUUUUUUGUUGUGUUUUGCCCAGGGUACCAUCCCUCACAGACAAGUGUGCAGUAAGAGAAAUUUAGGAUAAGAAUAUGAAAUUGUUCUCGCAUGAGGCCCAAUAUUUAACUCUCACUCAUUCAUCUUCUUUACAAUGCAACAUCGCCAUGUGAGGUGACGGAGGAAGGGUAAGUGGACGACUGAGAACAGAUGUAAGAGUGAACAUUUCUAUCGCCAAAGACACAUGAGACCACAGUGCCGAGAGAGAGAAACAGACAGAACAGACAGUCUUCGGAAAUCUGACUCAGGGAAUCGUAACAAGGUUAUUUUAUUUAUGUUUUAGCGUUAGUAGUAGCAUUCCAGCAUGUCAAGCGGGCUGGUGUGGACAGAGACAGAGACAUCAGCAUGCCUGCCUAUGCCCUCUGACUACAGCAGCUGUUAACAAGUCAGCCACUGGAGGGCACACGUUGAACAUAUCACACUGACACUGUAUCAGUGAUGUGGUUUCCCUCCUUUGGAAGUUAUACUGUAAAAUAACACACUGUGUUAAACUGUUAAACACACGAGAACCAAGUGUCCUUUGAACAAAAUCAUCUUUUUUUUCCUGCUUCAUCGGAUGUAUUAAAGUUUAAUUACCAUC